CAGGUGAGCCUCAGGCCCCGCCCCCUCCCCCGCUGCCGCAGGUGUACCUCAUUAUAAGGCCGAGAAAGCCGAAUGAUGGCGUGUCUGUCUGAAAGUCAAGAACAGAAAUGUCUACCAGCGGAGUGGAACCGUCAGCUCAGAGUCCGCUGCUGUCCUCCAGCUUCUCUUUCAGCCCCUGGUCGUGUGUCUGUGCCAAGGGUUGGUCUGCAGCCAUGUGGAACGGCCUCCCCGACCUGAUGCCCCCCGCCUCGGGAUGCUCCGCCCCUGAACCCUGGCUCCUCCCCGGCUGCAGCUCCGUCUACGACAGCCUGGUCAGCAACGCGUCUCCGAUCCCGUCUCCUCCGGCCACCAGUGGACUUCGAGGACGAGAGCGAGCCGGGAGCAAACCUCGCAGGCCGUCCAUCCUGGAGCGCUGCAUCCUCAAAGUGUCCACCAGCAGCGUGGCUGUGGGGACGGAUGAUGUGGACAGCAAAAGGCCUCCGUACUCCCGCUGCUACACCCGCCUGCCGGACCCGGCCAACACCGAGACCAACGCGGCGGUCCUGAAGCGGCGGCAGAAACAGAUCCAGUAUGGCAAGAACACCAGCGGCUACCAGAACUACCUCCAGCAAGUCCCCAAACACCUGAGGGACCCGAAGCUCCACCCCUCCACUCCCAACAAGUACCGGAAGUACAGCCGGCGUUCCUGGGACAUGCAGGUGCGUCUGUGGAGGCGGGCGCUGCACCUGUGGGACCCUCCGACCAGCGACGCCCCGGCCACGCCCGACCCAGUGGAGCAGCUGCAGAGCCAGCUGGCCAAGAUGACGUCGGACCUGUGUGAGGACGGAGGAGACGAGCAGAGAGAGAAGGAGACUCCUGCAGCCUCUGAAGCCUCCUCCGUGUCUCCUCUGUCUGCGGAGGUCCCUGGAGCCUGGACCGUCCCGCUGUCCCCGCCGGAGAACAGCCGCAGGACUCUUCGCUCCCCUCCUGGCCUCAGCUACUCCCACAGGAGUCAGCUGACCCCUGAUGACGGCAUGAACGACUGGCUCCGCCUCCUGAUGGAGACUGACCACGCCCCAGACUUCAGCUCCGAUGACCAGCAGGUUCCCGUGUUCUCUGACCAGCUCUUCUGGAAUCCGUACUGAGGAUCCGAUUGGAUGUGAGCCGAGCCGUCGCCGACCGAACUGGACCCGUCCUUGUUACCUGCCGAUCCUGAACAUUUUUCAAUGUGUGGUUCUGGAGCAUCUAACCCGCCUGUCUUUUUAAAAAAUUGCCACAAAGCAGCUUCACUGGCUGCAGGGAUCCGUCCCUGAUCUGGGUUCUGCCCGCCCUCCUGGGGGGGGGGGGGGGGGGGGGGGGGGGUGCUAGAUGGACACUUUAUUGUUUGCACUUGUUUUAAUUGAACUGCGUCAUUCUGAGCACCUUUCACCUGCGUCACGUCAGUCCUGCACCGAGGGGAAAGCAACGAGUUUGUCCUGCCGUCCUGUUUGUCACUCACUGGUUCUUUGGUCCUUCACCUUCAUCCUCUGCUCCUCCUCUUCAUCUUUCCUUUUUUUUUUUCUUUUUAAAACAAAG